AUGGCAAUUCCUUGUUUUUCUCAUGGCUACGAUCCUGAUUACGAAAGCAGCCUUAGUUCCUUGAUUAGCAGUUUGGCUGACUCAUCACCUUUAUCAGGUCGAGAAGAUGAUGGUGAUGACGACGAUGAUGUUUAUGAUGAUGAUGAAAGCCAUGAUAUUGAACACGAUGGGCCUCAAGUUAAUGGGGCUGUUAACAUCGAGCCAUCUCAAGAACUGCAGUCAGCAGAAGAACAGCUGCACUCCUUGCAAAGUGGUUAGUAUGAAGAUAAAGAAAUCUUGUCAUCUUUACAUUUGCACCAGUCUUUUCAAAGGGGUUUUUUCUUGAUAGAUGUCCUUAAGGGCGUGUUCGAUUAAGCGUAUUCCAAAACAAGUAAUAAAUGGAAUAUGACUUGUUUGGCAGUCAUUGCUUUGCUAUUUCUAAAAUUCUGCUUGAAAUAAAAUAUUCCGAUCCGUGGGGGACUCUGCAUAUGAAAGGGGUGGGGAUGCUCGUCGGAAAUUUUGAAUGAAAACCCUAAAGGAGACCGAUCUAGGCGUGGCCCAAGCUUUUUUUGACCCCUAAAAGAGACCAUGUUAAAACACAGACAAAUGAUCUGAGAAAACUUGGAUUAUAUGAAUGGAGUCAAUAAAACGAUAUCAAAUAUACAUUUUUAUAUUUUUUCGCGUGCAACCCUAAACGAGACCUUCACGGCUAAAUAUGAUGGCGUUUUGCCCAGAACACCCUAAGUGAGACCAAAAUCCAAAAUUUACACCCCUAAGCGAGACGACGAGCACCCCCACCCCUUUUAUAUGCGGAGUCCCCUCCCUCCCUCCCCGGGAUUCCGAUGUACAUGUAUGUAACGUUUAAAUGGUCCAAAAAUUACAGUAGAAGAGAUUUGCAACAAGACUUUUGAGUAUCUUCUUAUUUCGGAAUAGAAUCAAUUGAACGCACCCUUAGCAACCAAAUCACGGUCUCAUAACAAACAACGAUGAUUCCUGAGUAUUCUAAUUNGACUCUGCAUAUGAAAGGGGUGGGGAUGCUCGUCGGAAAUUUUGAAUGAAAACCCUAGAGGAGACCGAUCUGGGCGUGGCCCAAGCUUUUUUUGACCCCUAAAAGAGACCAUGUUAAAACACAGACAAAUGAUCUGUGAAAACUUAUAUUAUUUCAAUGGAGUCUGUAAAACGAAUAUCAAAUGUACAUUUUUAUAUUUUUUCGCGUGCAACCCUAAACGAGACCUUCACGGCUAAAUAUGAUGGCGUUUUGCCCAGAACACCACAAGUAAGACCAAAAUCCAAAAUUUACACCCCUAAGCGAGACGACGAGCAUCCCCACCCCUUUUAUAUGCGGAGUCCCCUCCCUCCCUCCCCGGGAUUCCGAUGUACAUGUAUGUAACGUUUAAAUGGUCCAAAAAUUACAGUAGAAGAGAUUUGCAACAAGACUUUUGAGUAUCUUCUUAUUUCGGAAUAGAAUCAAUUGAACGCACCCUUAGCAACCAAAUCACGGUCUCAUAACAAACAACGAUGAUUCCUGAGUAUUCUAAUUAAUACAAUUUGAGUUAAACUUGAAAAAAAUUUAUGCGAGUGCAGAUUUUCUAGUUGAUUUAGCUACAAUCACUUUCAUGCGUCGCCAAUUGUGCUCAUUCAUUGCCCUUUAGAGUUUUUCUUCGGUUGUAAGUGGCUGUUUGAUAUUUUCCUCUAUCUGUGACCAGUUUGAAAACUGCAUGAUCCAGUCACAUAAACUAUUAUCAUCUCACUCAUUUCUCGGGAAAGUAUAGGCCAGGUGUGGGACAUCGAUUCACCAACAUAUAUUUACCGGGUAUAAAGUUGUUUCGCCCAAAAGUCAUUUCGCCUGGAAUAGGGUUGAUUCGCCCAAUGUUAGCAUUUACCGUAGGUUAAUUAUAACCAUGGAGACGUUCAAAGGAAGUGGCAAGCCAUGACAGCUGCCUAAUGCAGUAGUGUUUAUCGCGAGUUUCCUGAGUAGCGUUAAAAUAGCCAAUAACUUCCACGGUCGCCUAAUUUUGACUUGCGUACGUGCGUAAAUUAAAAAAAGAGGCAAUGUAUCAGUGAAACGUCGCGCUUAAACGUAAGAGUUGAGCGAGAUUCAAGUUUUAUGCUUACGCGCGACAUUCCUUGCAACGUUACCUUGGGUGCCAGAGGCUUUUCAUGCGCGGUUUCAGGUUUCCGUUAAGCCUUUUAAAAUGACCUGCGCAAAAAGCUUCGCCGUUCGUGUCUUCGGCCUUUGGCCAAAGACGUUUCGGCCUGCGACGGACGAAGCUCCUCGCCGCACGCGAGAAAAAACGUCUGGCACCUAGGGUGCUGCAUCGUCUCUAAUGCACGUAAAAUUUAUGUGCGCACGUGACAGUGGAAAUCCGCCUUGAGAGUGGCUAUGAAAUCUCCCGCGUAAAAGGCGCACUGCACGCGGAAAGCACAGUGCGAAACAAACUCAAGUGUGACCGUUUUUACCACGGUGUGCAAAACAGCCCGGUAAAUGUACCGCAAGAGAAAAAACGUGGUGAUUGCUUUUGAAUUGUGGCAAUAAACAUGUCUUUUUCUGUUCCAAGAGCUAUUUCGGAGCUUGUCAGGCGAAGAGCUGGAGAGACUGGUCUUAAACGGCAUUGCUGAAAGUUCCAGUAUGACGGAUAAUGACAUCAAUCUACUGAGCAGUCAGGAGGAUUUUGAUCUUGAAAGUUUAAUUGGUAGGUAACUUCGGUGUAUACAUUGGAACCUCUAUUCAGGGAACACCCUCGGAACCAAGUGUGCUUACCAUUUGACAGCAAAAUCCGGUUGGGGUGUCGAAAGCAUAAUGGUAAGCGAUUUACCAGUUUACCGUAGAAACGCCACAUCCCUUACGGUUUGAAUCCAAAAAAAGGGCGAACUUGUGUAACGUGAGUCUGGAACCGAGAAGGAACCGGUUAAUGGUAAGCAACAUUCUGUUUUGUUCGUACCAACCGGAAUGAUCAGACUACCUCAAAACGUACUCCUCAAUUUUCGGUUGGAAUUUCUAAAAAGUGACCUUACCAUUUACCCGGCAUCCAGAAUUUCCGAAAUUUUCCGUCAAAUGGUAAUCACCCCAAGGCAAUUGUUUCCUGAAUGGAGGUUUCCUGGGAUGAGGUUUGUCAAUAAUUAACCAAGAAAUAAAAUAUUUUUCUCUUAUUCUGCCUUGGAAUCUGUUGUAGUCCUUAUUUAAGCAGCAAGAUAAUGUACAAAAUAACAUGAUUAACUUAUCUCUGCGAUAUCUUGUGUUGAAUUCCGCCCUACAAACGUAGUACGUCGAUCAAUUUAAGUGAAUAGAGUCCAUUGCCCAGUAAUAGAUACAGUGAAACCCCGCCCUAUGGCCACCUCGGUAAUACGGUCACCUCAUUAUUACGGCUACUUUAUUAUGGCCGCCUGGCAAAACGGCCAUACAUUUUCUUGUAAAAAAAACCUCGUUAAUACGGUCAUCCAUUAAUGCGGCCAAAUUUUUUUGGCCAUUUGGUUACCGUAUUAACGGCGUUCCACUUUAUGUUCUUAUUUACUUCUAGUUCAAAUCAAUUUGGAUAGCAGUGUGACAUCUGAGUGGUCAUAUUCUAUGUCAGGUACAGACUAGACUCGCCCUUAAUGUAGUUAUUAGAGAGUUUAACUAAUCUCGGUGAUGGCGCAUAUUUCCCUUUCGUAAACGGUCGUUGCCAUUUUUAACGGACGGUGCCACCAUUGGUAACCAAGCCUUAAGUCGUGAUAGAUGUAAUAUAUUUCCCGGAUUAAGUUGCAAUAAGUAUGUGUAAUCAAAUGGUGACGAGUGAAAUUAGGGAAUAAUUUCACGAGCGUUUUGUCCAAAUCCUUAAAAUUUUCCGAGCCUUUAGGCGAGGGAAAUUAUUAGGAUUUGGACAAAACGCAAGUGAAAUUAUUCCCUAAUUUCACGAGUAUACCAUUUGAUUACCUAUUAAUAUCAUGGGUGACGAAUUACGUUAGCAAUCUUGGAUUUUUGACACGUUUAUCCUGGAUCGUAUCGAUCGAGAACUCCUGCACUCUCUCGAACGUUUAGGGCUUAAAUUUGGCUUAAGUUCAGAGUUUUUCGACAAAAUACCUGUUAGAAUCCUUCUUGAUGUGCUCUUUCGUGUGUUCAGGUUUUCUAAAGCGUCUUUUUGUGCCCUAACAUCUUCAUUCAUUACAUUUUAAAACUUCGUCGCUAUCUUGACACUGAGACGUACGUUAUGUUGCCAUGGCAAUUUUGUAAUUUCACAUGUGAAAUUACAAAUUAACGCUGAAAUUUCGCGCCAGAAUUAGGGAGUAAUUCGUCACCUAUGAUAUUAGGCAAAUAAUUCGCUGUUGAAUAGUCUCAAGAAAGAGCGACGUGGACGCCCAAGUUCAACUCACAGUGAAACUUAUGGCAAGGGCUUGGGUUACCUGUUAUUGAUGUGUCAGUUAAGAACGACAGUUUGCUAGUUUAUGUACUUACGUUUUUCGGAAUUUUGGCCGGUCGAUGUCUUAAUGUAGUGGUAAGGGAGAGCGAUUAAGAUACGAAAGUUCCGGGUUGGAGGUUUCGCCUCCACUGUCCUGAGUCUACAACAAUGUUUUUUUCUCUUAGUGAACCUUAAACUUUAAAGUGGCCCUUAAGAAUAUCGUUCCAGGAAAAUUUGGCAAAUUGUGCUAUACACCUGUAUAAGUGGCAUUUUUGCUGAUGUCGGGCUGAUUUAGCAACAGAACGGGAACGUCAUUUGACGACGGCAAAGCGCGCGAAAAGGACUAAACUCUACUUCCGGUGCCCAGUUUGCUGCUCAGCCAUUGGUCAAGCCAUUUGUUUGAUUUGCGCGCGCCGUCGUCAACUGACGUUCCUGUUCUUUCGCUAAAUCAGCCUGUUGUUCGGGAAAUGAGCCAGCUCUCUUCCCGAGCAACAAGACCUGAGCUUAGAGGGUGGCAGAAGCCGUUGUGGUUGCGUAAGCUUCCGCGGAGGGUGUUAAAAGAGCGUAUCGCCGGAAUUCUCCGAAAGCUCCGUGUAUAUUAUCAAGUUAGAAUUAUAAAGGCGCACUGGAUGACAAAACACGACUUUCUUUGUACAACAGGAGAAAGACAAAUAUUCAUCUUCUUAGACGCAAGCAAAUCACAAUCGAUGAAAUUUACAUAACAGAACUUUCAAAAUCGAAAAUUCGAGCUGACGUUUUCAAGUUUUUAGUCUAGUUUUGGUUCACUUCUUAGAUUACGUGUUUAGAGGAGAAGCGUUGCGUGACGAGACAAAAACGGCUGCGUGGGAGACUACUAACUAAUAGGUGUCCUUAGUUAAUUUAAACGUUACUCCCCCCUCCCCAUGCUCCCCUUCCCCUGUUCCCUAGGGGAAAGGGAGAAUUGCGUGACGAGCUGAAAGAACGUUUGCCUGGGAGGUUACCCGUUUCCCCGGUUCAAAUAAAAUUUCCUGUGAAUGUACUUCUGAUACUCUGUGCUGUGUAACAUUUCUCAGACCUGACCAAGCUUCAUAUUAAGAACAUUGAUGGGGACCUAAUGUUUACAAUACGUGAACGACCUACCACCACCUAUGGCAGCCUGGGAAGAGACCAUCAUGGAAAUGUAAGAGCUGAAAAGAUCAGUUUAAAAGCCUUUUUAUAACAUGAAUAUUAAAGCUACAAUCGGCGACAAAAUUAGUUGAGGCACUUUACCUUAAAGGACCUCUCUAACGUUUUAUAAACUUAAAAAAGGGAAAAUGAAGCUUCCUCUCUCCUUCCCCUCCGUGUAAUGUUUUGCCGCUAUUCAAGCUUCCUGUAGAAAACAACAAACAUCUCAGCUUUGAAUGGAGAGGACAGAGGAGGGGUAUGGAUUGUUUUGUUCUCCGACGUUACCCCAUCUAAGGACAAUGUCUUGACAAUUUUGUCGCCGAUUCAGAUUGUAGCAAAACUACAAAAACAAACAAACAAAACUAUGUCUGAAAUAGACACAAUCCAUGAUCGACUGAAUGGCGUGGUGGCAUGAUGGCAUGAUUUUGAUAUAAGACAGGGAUCAUUUUUUUUAUUUUUUGUCAUUAUUACUAGAACCACCUUGCACAGCAUAAUAAACAGUACCACAGGAAAGUACUGCUCAGUAGCUUUCAUUUGAAUGGACACACUAAAAGAUAUCAUCCACAGACUCAAAAGUUAGAACCACCUUGUACGACAAUUUAAACAGUACCACAGAAAAGUACUGCUCAGUAGCUUUCAUUUGAAUGGACACACUAAAAGAUGUCAUCCACAGACUCAAAAGUUAGAAACACCUUGCACGACAAUUUAAACAGUACCACAGAAAAGUGCUGUUCAGUAGCUUUCGUUUGAAUGGUCACACUUUAGGGUUUUUAUCCACAGACUCAUCUUGUUCGGCAUGAUAAACAGUACCACAGGAAAGUACUGCUCACUAGCUUUCAUUUGAAUGGUCACACUUUAGGAUUUCAUCCACAGACUCAAAAGUUACAACCAUCUUGUACCGAAAGAGUACUGCUCAGUGGCACUGUUUUUCACACUUAAGGAGUUCAUCCUCUGACUUGAAAAAUUGAAAUCGCCUUGUAGGUCUCUUGAUUUGGCGUAGGACCCGACAUUUAGUUUUCCUAACCAACGCAGAGUGUACAGUGCUAAUUUAACUGUUUUCGUGAUCAGAUUGCCUCCGUGUUAAGGAUUGAAGCCUUUGCGUUAACUAGUGAUGACGGCUUCCCCCUGGAUGUCCAUGCAGAGAUUGGAGAAGAAGAGCAAUCUGUGAGGGUUGUUCGUGCGCAUGACACAGACCGCUGGGAGCCUUACCGCUGGAGAGUUGAUGUUCACGGGCUGGUAGAACAAUGGACCAAUUUUUGA